UGUGUGUGUGUGUGUGUGUGUGGAUAGUAAGUCGGAGUAGGAAAACAACGUUGGUUUCUUUGUCUCUCGUUGUUCACCACUGCGAUGGUUGUUAUAUUUUUGUUUUAGUCGACUAGACGAGACGGUUUGUCUACGAUGGAAAAAAAUACGCGAGCAAUGCUGAAAUAGAGGCGGAAACGAAUGAUCGGUUUUCAGGGUGAAGAUCCGCGAGAAAACACACUGCAGGCGGGUCACGACGCGAUUUCAGACACUUUUUCGUUUAGGGACGAUAGAGAGCGCACUUUUAUACACGACAGUUUUGAGGCGAGUAAUUUUUCACGUGCCACCCCCAAUGCCACUUGUGUCGCCGCCCCCGGCGAGAAACCAGCCGUUUCGAUGGAGAUUUUCUGCCCAAAUCCGCCACAACCAAUCACCGAUUUGAUCUACAGCUCCUACGAGGAUUCUUUCCCGGAAAAAGAAUGCACAAAAUGCAAUUUACGACUAAAUGAGGAAAAUUCAGCAGUUUUUGUCAAGUGUUUCCGGUGUCAGGAAGUGUUCAAACCGCCCGGACUCGUCGAAACCGAUAAAUGUAUUGAAAAUAAAAUAAAACAAUGA